AUGGUGUGCUUGCAACCACGCAGCAUCGGUGACCUCGCUCGCCACGACGCUGCCGGCUUCUCGGUGGUGCAGCAAAGCGGUGCCGAUGCCGGCGGUGCUGUGAUGGUGUUAACGUGCGAGGAUAGAGCUUAG